ACGUUACAUGCCAAAAAGACAAAUACCACUUUGACCAUUAUCUAAUAAGCUUACCUUGUAUAAAGUUACCCUUACAACCGAAUAUUUGCCAACUCAAUGUGAACACAGAUGCAGGAAGCAGAGCAGCAAACACAGCAGUUCAGCGUCCUCUCAAGGAAGGAAGAAGAACUCCGCAUUUUUUAGGCUGUCCGACCGUCUACCUUGCUUGGCCACAGCUACGGUUGAGGAGGAAUGCUACGCCAGGGGAAUGGUGGCUAUCGGUUGAAAGGCAGCCGACUCUAGCUAUCAUUAGAUUAUCAUUGGCGUUAAGGAAACAAAGAAUAACAUAAUAAUGAAUUUAUUACCAUCAAAUCCACAUGGGAAUGGGCUUUUGUAUGCUGGAUUUAACCAGGACCAUGGUUGCUUUGCAUGUGGAAUGGAAAAUGGAUUCAGAGUUUACAACACAGACCCUCUCAAAGAAAAAGAAAAGCAAGAAUUCCUUGAAGGUGGUGUCGGACAUGUGGAGAUGCUUUUUCGUUGCAACUACCUGGCUCUCGUUGGAGGAGGGAAGAAACCCAAGUACCCACCUAAUAAAGUCAUGAUCUGGGAUGACCUAAAAAAGAAGACUGUAAUUGAGAUCGAAUUCUCCACGGAAGUCAAGGCAGUUAAGCUCCGACGGGACAGGAUUGUGGUGGUCCUUGACUCCAUGAUCAAAGUCUUCACAUUUACCCAUAACCCACAUCAACUACAUGUGUUUGAAACGUGCUACAAUCCUAAAGGUCUUUGCGUCCUGUGCCCAAACAGCAACAACUCCUUGUUGGCUUUCCCCGGCACACACUCGGGGCAUGUGCAGAUAGUGGAUCUGGCUAACACCGAGAAGCCGCCCGUGGACAUUCCCGCUCACGAGGGUGCCCUCUGCUGUAUCGCCCUGAACCUGCAAGGGACACGGAUAGCCACAGCAUCAGAAAAAGGCACUCUGAUUAGAAUAUUUGACACCUCUGCUGGCCAUCUCGUACAGGAGCUGAGACGAGGCUCACAGGCAGCAAACAUCUACUGCAUCAACUUCAACCAGGAUGCCACACUCAUCUGUGUGUCCAGUGACCACGGCACGGUCCACAUUUUUGCUGCCGAGGACCCCAAAAGGAACAAGCAGUCAAGCUUGGCAUCAGCCAGUUUCCUCCCCAAAUAUUUUAGCUCCAAGUGGAGCUUCUCCAAGUUCCAGGUCCCAUCUGGGUCGCCCUGUGUCUGUGCCUUUGGAACGGAGCCCAACUCUGUUCUAGCGAUUUGUGCUGAUGGCAGCUAUUACAAGUUCCUGUUCAACCAAAAAGGGGAGUGCGCCAGAGACGUAUACGCACAGUUUCUGGAAAUGACAGACGAGAAGAUCUGACACCUGAGACCCGGCACGGGAGGAUUUUGAAUGAAGAGUGUUUUUUGAGCUGGUGCUUGUUUUUCACAGCACCUGCUAAAAUAAGAAGAGAAGGGAAAAAAACAAUGAACAGAAGUGUUACUUGUUUCUCUGAAAGAAUAGCACCAAUGCCAAGUGCUGUACUGUGCUCGUCACAAUUGAAUGGAGACUGAAAGACCAAGAGACCUUUCCUGGACUAACGUUUGGUCCAACUAUGGACAGGGGACUGAAUACCUUAAGGCACUAAACUAUUUUGUUCUCACUUGACAGUGGGAAGUGAAAACCCUUUUUUUCUGUUUUUUUUUUUUUUGGAGAAGACUACUUUUACUUUUUAAAAAUGUCUUCCAUGGACUAUUCUGUUUUUUGUUUUUUUUAUCAUAGCCUCCAUUCUGCUAGAUAGUUCAAAAUACUUUUUCCAUUAACACCACCUAACCCUAACCUGAGUGCCUCUGUAUAGUUUGAAGAGGUCCAGGUUUAAAUGUGCAUAUGCACACACGUGUGUAUGUGUAUGGAAUACAGAAUAUACAAAUGUUUGUACAAGCAAAAUAGUAGUGCUAGAUUCUGUUUCAUCUGCCCUAUGUCAGGCAUCAAUACAUAAACAGCGGACUUAAUCUAUAGUAUUACAAAAUUCAUCACCGGUGAAAAAACUUCUCAUUUCAUAUUGUUUCAGUGUAUGUGCAAUAUUGUCCUUUCUUCGCUCUCACUACUUGCUCUCAGGCUUUUCUUUGUCAGCUGUGGACAGAUGUGAUGUGAAUGAGGCCUAUCUUCAAAAUCAGAGUGUUUGUGUCGCUGUCGUUCAUCCACAUUCAAAUUUAAGCACGCAGGAAAUCAGACCAUCACACUUAUGUGUGGUGUCAUGAGGAAGGUAUGCACUAUUCAGUCAAGAAUCUUUAAGGACUGACAACAUUACCCAUAUAUAAAUGUGUAUAUAUAACUGCCUCAUUUGUAGCCUUACUGAUGACAGAAAUCAUGCAUUAUGUAAACAGGGAUUUUUUUAUUCUCCUGAUUAAAGAAACAGAACCCCAGAUUUGAGCUAUUAUACUCUGUGGUCACAAACUAUCAAAAUGUCUGUUUCAACCUCCUUGUAUAGUCUCUAAUUGGCCAUAUGAGCACAGCAUUUUACCUUAUGAGGUGUCUACAAGGCACUGUUGCCUUUGUUUCACAACAGUGGUUGAAAACAGAUUAGAUAAACUAAUGUACAGGUUACGAUACUGUGUUUUUUUCCCCCUGAAAACGUUCAUGUUAUUGUCUACGCUAAAUCAUUGGAUUUGUUGAUUACAGCAAGAAUGAUUUGGUUGUGGCAAUGUGUGACAUGACAUUCUGUUGCUGUAGACAUGGUGUGGACCCCCCCCCCCAUUACAAGUUAGCAUUGCUUUUAAACCCAUGGAAAAUAAUAUGAGGGAAAAAAUACAAACAUAGCUUUACUUUAUAUUUCUUAAAUGUUAAAACACCUCUAAUAUCCCCUUCUGCUCUCGAUAAACUGUAAUGAAAAUUGAUUUGGUUUGUUCAUCAUUGAAUAGAGAAAAGUGCAUUUGCGUGUUGAUUCAUUCUGUUUCUUUUCCCGAAAAUAACUUGCUGGUCAAAUGACAACUUGGUUCUUGUUCUUGCUGGAGGACGGCAUACUGAAUGCAUUUCAUGCUUUGAUUGUAAUUGUGAUAACACUAUAAGUAAACAGUGACAUUAAAAGUC